AAUUCGUUCCCAAAGCAUCGAGGAGGCCCUUUGGAUAAUUUUUUUUUAGUGUUAGCGUUUUUCCACUUUAAUCACACCAAUUAAAAACUGCCUGAAAGAAAAUAUUCUUAUAGAGCAUAGUAAUUUCCAGGUGCCAUGAAAGCUGCUGAAGACCAGGUGGUAGAUGGUGAAGUGGGUCUGCAUGAUGAUGAGGAUUCAUUUUUCCAAGACAUAGAUCUUCUACAGAAACAUGGAAUUAACAUGGCAGACAUUAAAAAACUGAAAAUGGUUGGAAUCUGUACAAUUAAAGGGAUUCAGAUGACAACGCGAAGAGCAAUGGGAAACAUCAAAGGAUUAUCAGAAGCCAAAGUUGACAAAAUCAAAGAAGCUGCUAACAAACUGAUUGAACCUGGCUUUGUCACUGCCUUUGCAUACAGUGAAAAGAGGAAAAUGGUGUUUCACAUCUCAACUGGCAGCCAAGAGUUUGACAAGCUGUUAGGUGGUGGAAUGAAAGUAUGGGCCAUUACAGAAGCUUUUGGAGAGUUUAGAACUGGCAAAACACAGCUAUCUCACACCCUUUGUGUAACAGCACAGCUUCCUGGAGAUGAGGGAUACACUGGGGGAAAAGUUAUAUUUAUAGACACAGAAAAUACAUUUCGCCCAGAUCGGCUAAAGGACAUUGCUGACCGAUUCAAUGUGGACCAUGAUGCUGUGCUGGAUAAUGUGCUGUAUGCACGUGCUUAUACAAGUGAACAUCAAAUGGAACUGUUAGAUUUUGUAGCUGCCAAAUUUCAUGAGGAGGCAGGAAUUUUUAAACUCCUGAUUGUAGAUUCUGUCAUGGCUCUCUUUAGGGUGGAUUUUUCCGGCAGAGGGGAACUUGCUGAACGCCAGCAGAGGCUAGCACAAAUGCUUUCCAUACAGAAGAUCUCUGAAGAAUAUAAUGUGGCUGUUUUUAUCACCAAUCAAAUGACAGCUGACCCUGGAGCUGGAAUGACUUUCCAGGCUGAUCCAAAGAAACCAAUAGGGGGACACAUUUUGGCACAUGCUUCCACAACCAGAAUCAGUCUUAGAAAAGGAAGAGGAGAAAUGCGCAUCGCCAAGAUUUAUGACAGUCCAGAUAUGCCAGAGAAUGAGGCAACAUUCUCCAUAAGUGCAGGAGGAGUAACAGAUGCAAAGGAGUGAAAUACAAACAAAACUGUUAAGAGUAAAAUUUGAUAAUAGACUUGUUACAUAAAUAGUUUGGAUUGUUAAAAACAGGAAUAUGCAGAUAUUCAAAAGUAAAUAACAAUGAAAGUUCUGUCUAAACUGCAGGAAAAAUUCAGUUGAGAAUAAAAUACCAAGCAAACCCCACUUGUAAUGUUACAUUUCAAGGUUUUCUUUAUGCUUUUAACUGGUCUAGUUCUUGUAAA